AUGGAAGGUACGGGUCGUCUUUCUCAACAACAAAAUUGUGUCACUAUUGAGCAUUAUUAUCGUGUUGAAAUAUUCAGUGCUGUAAUUGAUUUUCAAUUGAUGGAACUAAACAGUAGAUUCAAUGAGCAAACAAGGGAACUCUUGAUUCUUAGUUCUUCAUUGGAUCCUCGAUUUGAUUUUCAAUCAUUUGACAUUAAAAAAAUAUGUUGUUUGGCUGAGAAAUUCUAUCCUCAUGAUGUGCCUGAUUUGAAUGAUCUAAGAGACCAGUUGGAGCAUUUUGAGUAUCAAUUCUCUGAACUUUCAGAAUUUCAAGAUUUAUGCACCCUUUCUGAGUUAUGUCAAGAAUUUGUUAACACAAGGACACCAUUCUUGUUGAUUGAGAGACUAGUCCGUCUAGUGAUGACUCUUCCUGUUUCUACGGCUACAACAGAGAGAGCAUUUUCAGCCAUGAAGCUCAUUAAGAACCGACUUCGAAGCAAGAUGAGUGAUGAUUUUCUUGUAGAUUUAAUAAUAGUGCAUAUUGAGAGAGAAAUUGUUGAUACUAUUGAUUCAAAUUCGGUUAUAGAUGAGUUUUAUGUUUCAGGCGACAUCUCUGAAUCAGAAGUUGCCUCUAAACUUCACACUGGAACUCUAUACUGA